GGCUCACCGAGCGCACGGGUUAAAAUGCCGUCCAGAACCGGUCUGCUGACGGCAGUCCAUUUGGCCAACAUAGCCAAAACCCUUUCCGCUACACGACCUUACGCACUGAACACACUAUACCUACAGUUUCAUCCACAAGUAGCCGCCAACGUAAGUUGCCCCCAGGCACUAGGCCGGUUCGUCGCUAGUGUGUACCAAUCGUCGGUCAUCUGGCUGGGUUCCGAGGUGGAUCUUCGCAUAGUGACCGGAUCGCUAAGACCAGGCGGUGGCAGCUUCGAAUCAUUCGUUAACCGAAAACGACCAACCACGGUGGAUUAUUUGUUCUACGAUUAUGCAUUAAGUUCUUCCGGUUCAGGUGUAGAAAAAUGUCUCGUCGAACGGUAUCAGGGAGCGAAGGUGGUGGAACUAGAUACGCUCGGUGUGGAGCCACCUUCGUUACCAGCAGCUGGUACAGAUAGCACGUUCCGAACCUAUCGCAAUGUGGUGCUGGGUGGCACGUUCGAUCGGAUUCAUGCCGGUCACAAGGUGCUACUUACACAGGCGGUUCUGCUUGCGACGGAACGUCUCGUCGUCGGUGUUACGGACGGUGAUAUGAUCAAGAGCAAAAAAUUGUACGAACUCAUAAUGCCCGCCGCACAACGGAUAGAGCAUGUGAGGGAGUUCCUGGAAGCGAUUGAUCCAUUCCUACGCUACGAAGUCGUUCCGAUACUUGAUCCUUUUGGACCAACCGCUACCGAUCCGAACAUGGAUCUUAUUGUGGUCAGUACGGAAACGGCACGAGGAGGCGCAAAGGUGAACGAAUUACGGGCACAGAAUGGACUCAAUCAGCUAGAAGUUCACACCAUCGAGCUACUCGACGACGAAAGCACCGUCGAAGACAAGGAGGAUAAAAUCAGUUCCAGCAACCAACGGAUGGAUCUGCUCGGCACACGGUUACGACCUCGAAAGCCCGCUCCGGCACACAUUCCGGCGAAACCUUACAUUAUCGGCCUGAUCGGUGGAAUCGCUUCGGGAAAGAGCAAAAUGCUUGAACGCUUUCAAGACUUUGGUGCAGGCAUCAUAGAUUGUGAUAAGCUAGCCCAUCAGUUGUACGAACCGGAAGAGGAAUGUUACCAACAGGUGGUCGCCACAUUCGGGCGGGAAAUAUUAAACCCGGAUGGGACGAUCAAUCGAAAAGCCUUGGGUGCAAUUGUGUUCGCCAAUCCGCUGAAACUGGAGCAGUUAAAUGGAAUUAUGUGGAAAGCGAUUGCCAAGCGUGCGAAUGAGUUAAUCCGUACGCUGCACGAGCAGCACGGAAAGGAGGUGAUUGUGAUGGAGGCAGCAGUAAUGCUCCGGGCCGGUUGGCACAAUAACUGCCAUGAGGUGUGGUCAUGUAUCGUACCGCGGGAGGAAGCCAUUCGAAGGUUGAUGGAGCGCAAUCAGCUCGAUGAACCGGAUGCAGUACGGCGUGUCGAUGCGCAACCGACGUCCAAUCAAGAGAUGGUACAGCAUUCGGAUAUUGUUUUCUGUACCAUGUGGAGCUAUGAGUAUUCGCAGCAACAGGCGGAAAAAGCGUGGGCUAUUAUUAAGCAGGACUUGAAGCUGAAACUUUGA